AUGGCAACAAGAACACCUUUACAACACACAACAGCAUCUAAUAUAUUUGGUCAAACGUCAAAUAAACCGGAAUUUAGCUUGAAAAGUAGUUGCGGUGACUUACAAAGUCGACUUAAAGUUCGAAAAGUGUUAGGUGUUGGUGAUGCGGCAGGUUCAAUAUGUAGUUCAAAAAUCGGGCAAAUACUUGGACAAUCGGAUAAUUUAGUUUUUAAAUUAUCACCUAACCUUGCCUCAUGGCUAUUUUUAAUAGCAACAUUAUUUAGUUGUUUUACUGUAAUGGGAAUACUUUGGCCAGCUUGUUUGCGUGUUAUUUUACCUGGUAGUCUUGAGUCAACCAUACAUUUGGCCACAUCUUAUGCUUUUUUGGCAACAGUGCUCGGUCUAACACUUCGAUCAGGUGACAAGACAUCAUUGCAACUUGUCCUUUGUUCUCUUGUUUUAUUUCAUGCGUUAUCCUUUUUUAUUGCUUUGUGGCUUCUGAAAACCAGUGAUACAAAAGUAAAAUCAACAAUCUCAAGUAUUCUUCAUUUAUUUUGUUUAUUAAUAAAUACACAUUUUUAUCGAUCUAUUAAUCGAACUGUAUCAACAUCAUUUCGACAUAGUAAAUUAAAAACAUAUUUUAGUUCAAUGAUAUCAUUUCCAUCAGCACCUGUAACUGAUCGUACUACUGGACAUGAAUCUUCUUAA